AGGAGUGAGCUUUAAAUCGUUAAACUCUGGACACAAUGCCAUUAUAAGAACUUGGGUGACGUUGAGUUAACCAAUGAACGAGUAAAAAGGGGGUGUGACGUAUGACUCCCCGUAGAAAAGGCGCGGAAUGUAGCUGAGGUAGGGAGAAGGUGGGACUGCUGCGGACCCAGGAAGGUACUACAGGGAGUACUGACGAGGAUUUGUUUUUAGAAGGAGCCAAUAGUCCGCUACCUUCGCAAAAACGGAAGGAAAAGCCGGUGGUAAACUACAAGCUGAGGAUACCAUCAGCUCUCUCAAAAUUACUGGGGGACAGAGACGGCAUACACCCUCGGAUGCAUACAGUCUGAUAUUCAAAACCCUCCAGCAAACUCAGUGAGCACGGUCUUGCAUCAGCAUCAGCAAGCAUUGCAUCUUCAAGUGUCUCGGCGGUGUGUUUUUCCUGCAACCAAGGAGCAUCUUUUGCGCUUCAGUCUUGGCACUGGUGCCAUUAUUUAACAUUUCUUUCUGUAUGUUGUCAUCAGGAGUACAGUAACCAAUAUCAGACGUUUUUGGCUUCCAGCACUCUUGUCUACUUUCUUAGCUGUGUUGUGCUGACAUCACUGGAUUGAGAAAGGCUUUAUGAAUUCUUAAUGAUAUUGUUGUAAACGGCAAAUUAAGGAGGAUACUUUGGGACUGGACACAGAGGAUCCGACCGGCGAUCCUUCUCAGUGGAUCUGAGGAAACCACGUGUUCUUCCACAACGAUGCUCUUCCACGGCCUCCCCGGAGGCGAGAUGCAAGGAGUUAUCGAUGAAAUGGACCGGAGAGGCAAGGGAGACUCUGCCACAAUCAGCUCGGCCAUCGAUAUGGGCGAAACCGAAGCGAGCUUAACGUCCAUCAACAGCGAGCGAGUGGCCUUGUGUGCCGGCUGCGGAGGGAAAAUUUCCGACCGCUACUACCUGCUGGCGGUGGAUAAACAGUGGCAUAUGCGAUGCCUCAAAUGUUGCGAAUGUAAGCUCAACCUGGAGUCCGAGCUUACCUGCUUCAGCAAAGAUGGCAGCAUAUACUGCAAAGAAGAUUAUUACAGCAGGAGAUUUUCCGUGCAGAGAUGUGCCCGGUGCCACCUUGGGAUAUCGGCAUCAGAGAUGGUAAUGCGGGCAAGAGACUUGGUCUAUCACCUGAACUGUUUCACUUGCACCACAUGCAACAAAAUGCUCACAACUGGAGACCAUUUCGGAAUGCGUGACAGCUUGGUGUACUGUCGUCUACACUUCGAGACAUUAAUACAAGGGGAAUAUCAGGCGCAUUUCAAUCACACGGACGUAUCCACGGUCAAGGGACUCGGCGGAGGCACUGCGAACUCUCUGGGACUUCCUUAUUACAAUGGAGUGGCAACAGUUCAGAAAGGGAGACCUCGGAAACGGAAAAGUCCCGGGCCCGGAGCAGAGCUAGCGGCAUACAAUGCAGCACUGAGUUGCAAUGAGAAUGAUGGGGACCACCUGGACCGCGACUCACAUUACAGCUCGGGACAAAAGUCCAAACGCAUGCGGACGUCCUUCAAACAUCACCAGCUCCGAACCAUGAAGUCUUACUUUGCCAUCAACCACAAUCCAGAUGCCAAGGACCUUAAACAGCUUGCCCAGAAGACAGGUCUCACGAAACGGGUGUUACAGGUGUGGUUUCAGAACGCACGUGCCAAGUUCAGGCGGAAUCUGCUCCGCCAGGAGAGCACAGGGCUGGACAAGGUGUCGGACGGCUCCACCCUGCCGGGCGGCUCGCCCUCGGGUCCUCCGUCGGAGCUGUCCAACGCCUCCAUGAGCCCCUCCAGCACGCCCUCGGCCCUCACCGACCUCACCAGCCCCUCCAUGCCCAACGUCAACCCCGUCCUGACGGCCGUGCCCGGGGGCCUGGACCCCCACGACUCCAUGAGCCCGUCCCAGACCACCCUCACCAGCCUCUUCUGAUGGCGCCCAGAGGGGGAUUAUAGGAACUUUACUCACUCUUUUUCUCGUUCUCCUCGGUGCCGCCACCGAGUGGACAGAAGCACUAGGGCGCCAGCGUACCUGCUGACGCUCUCUCCCCUUGAGCACUCUCACGGUAGCUCCCGGCUCGGAGUUCCUUUCACUCGGACAGCAGCUCGAGCCCGCAUGGAGCAGUUGGUGUUGACUGUGGAGAAAGUCUUUUGGCUCUCAUUUGUGUCAAUGUUUCUGCCGUGUUUACAGUUCCUGAUGACUAAUCGCCCACACUGUCAAGACACAUGCUCGUCUCUCCUUCUCUCCCUGUAUGUGCUGGGAAAAAAGGUUCAUGAGAGGAAAAUGUCAACAUGUCUGAAGUAGGGAUGUAACAUAAAAAUUCCCUUGCCAUCUGGAAGAAUGAAGUGUGCCUUAUCAUUGCAUCACAUUGCAAUUAAAACAGUCCCAACUAUAUUUGUGUGCUCCCUUCAAGAAUACCUAUGUUUGGUAGAGCCUUGGAGAUUGCCCGAGACAGCCAGGGCCAUGGAUAUCUGAAAUAGACAAAGCAGGGGUAGAGAUGUGGCAAUGCCUGGCUCCUCUUCAUUAACCCUAACGUUACUUAAAGCUGCCAUAAGUGAUAUGUUCUUUAGCUAGCUUUUUGACACUGCAAGAGCUCACAUACAGCUAAAACAGUGAGGAAAGAUGUCUCUGGAAGUGGUUUUGUACCUGGUUUUUGUCCUGAUCACCUACAAAUGGCAAUACAAUUUGGAUGUGUUGAACAGUCAGAAAACUUGAUAAGACAGAGACAUAAAUUACUACUAAUAAUUUUACAUGUGCAUGUCACAUUAAAUUGUGGUCUGUCAGAAGCUAACAAGAACAGCUAACAUUGCUUAAAGCAGCUUUAAUAAACACAGUGGUUUAGAAAAAAUUAGGUGUUUGUAAACAACAAUGAGCAAUUGCAGUGGUCCUUUAUGUGAUGAACAUGAGCUGUAAAGCGCUGGUAUGAAACCUUUUGAUGAUGGCUGAUAUUGAUAGUGAAUGGAUCAGUGAAGGGAUUGAUGGGUCAGUGAAACUAUGAACUGUUGCUCUAACAGUGCGAAAACACUAGGGAUUUGCCCAGCCACUUAAAAAUAAAACAAAAAACCUUAAAACGUUUUGUUCUGAUUCUGAAAAUGUCUGGAAAUGUUUUGUCAUCACAAUACCUCAGUGAUGCAUAUGUCUUUUACUAGAAAAAAAAAACUAGUGCUUUGUCAAUGACUAUCUCCAUCAUUUGUGACCUCAAAAAAAAUAUACAUGAAAAACAUCCAACAAGUUACCUCAGUCUUGAACACUUCAGAGCAUUAAUUGCCGUUGUUCCAGCACUUUCUGUUUGUUGUCAGUUCUUGGAGUGUCCCCCCUGGAAACAUGUGACUGACUAUGGCUUUGCCAUAACCUGCUUGGAAUAGAAAAAAAGCAAAUCAAAUCACAUCCAAUUUAUCUUGCACCCAAACUGAGAAAAAAAUAUAGAUUUUUUGUUAGUUUUUACUCACUAACAUAUCUGCUGUUGUGAAGAGGGGGUCUAGUAAACAGUGGGACAAAUCAGGGAAAUGGUUCCAAAUCCACAGUCUUUCACAGAGACGCUCAAUGUGUAUCCGAUGCAGCCCAUCGGACGUGGCAACGUUUUGACGCAGUGGAGAAGGAGCAGCGGAUGGAGCUGACUCUUUUUCUAUGGAGGAGGACAAUAUUUUGUCUUUUCUUUUGUGUGUACGGCGAGCUGCUUCUUUAUUUUUCCUACAAUGGCACUGUUUGUCCUCCCUGAUCCUGUACAGUUGGCCUAGUUUUAUGUUCUUCGACCUUUGUUUCUGUUCAAAUAUAAAAAAGGUGAAUACAA